AUGAAGGAAACGGCUCACGCCCUCAAAGACCCGUGGUUUCUCAGCUACAUUCCCCAACUUACUCCAGACACCGUGAAGUAUGAUUUCAAGGGGGACUGGAACAAAGCCAAACAGGCACUUCAGCAGCCACUUGACUACAUCCGCACUGUGGAGGAGUUUUGGUCGACCAUCAACUCGUUACCAAAGUUGCACCAACUGGGAAACGGUAGCACAUUCAUUUUUGCUCGCAACAACGUUGAUGCAAGCUACGAAGCCUUUCCCAAUGGUACACGGGUUCUUGUGGAUCUUUACAAGGCGUCAGUUGCAGAGAAGGGGAUGGAUUUCGUACUGAGCAGCGUUCUAGGGGAAGGACUGACUUAUGACGUUUUUAACGGCAAAACGGUGUGUGACGUGGUACGUCUUUCUUCACGUCCCAAUCAAGAGUCCCCUGAGUUAGUGCGUCUAGAGGUGUGGCUCAGCGAUCAGUUGUACGCCAAAGAUGUGAUACCUUAUAUAAGAAAGGGACUCAAUGAAGCUGGUUUAAGUUUCACGGAUUUUAUCAUGGGUGAGUCAACUUUUGAAAAGGAUAAGAAGAAGCCAUCGGUGUCCGGUGCAAAAAGCUGA